GUACCUCUCAUGUCUGCUGCGUUUGCGCCUCCUGCCUUGAACGGGAGGUGGAGAAGAGUUUACUUUACGGAGUUGAAGGUUUGGUUUCGGCGAACGUCUGGUGUGAAGGGUUUCGGCGAGGCAGAAAGACACUUCUCACAAAGCCAAGAUGCUGAACAUGUGGAAGGUCAGGGAGUUCGUUGACAAAGCAACCAACGUGGUGAUGAACUACUCAGAAGUGGAAUCUAAAGUCAGAGAGGCCACAAAUGAUGACCCCUGGGGACCAUCAGGACAGCUGAUGACUGAGAUUUCUAGAGCGACCUUCAUGUAUGAGCAGUUUCCAGAGGUGAUGAACAUGUUGUGGGCCCGCAUGUUGAGAGACAACAAGAAGAACUGGCGGAGAGUCUAUAAGUCUUUGCUACUAUUGGCCCAUCUAAUCAAGAAUGGAUCAGAGAGGGUUGUUACCAGUGCCAGAGAACAUCUCUAUGACCUGAGAUCAUUAGAAAGUUACCACUUUGUAGAUGAGAAUGGAAAGGACCAGGGUGUGAAUGUGCGUCACAAAGUGAAGGAGAUGGUGGACUUUGUCCAGGAUGAUGACAGACUCCGGGAGGAACGGAAAAAGGCAAAGAAGAAUAAAGACAAAUAUGUUGGGGUAUCCUCGGACAGUAUGGAUUCCCGGGGUUACGCAGGAGAAAGGUACGAUUGGAGCGAUAGUCGUGGAAAGUGGGACGAUGACUGGGAGAAGAAUAAAGGGCAGUUUCCCUUCAGUGAGAAGUUGGGAGAGAUCAGUGACAAAAUUGGCACCACCAUUGAUGAUACCAUAAGCAAAUUUAGAAAGAAGGAUAGAGAUGACUCACCAGAACGAUUUAGUGACAAUGAGGAGGACAAGGGUCGCUCAUCUCACAAUGGCCAGUCUGGGAAAGAGUUUAAAGAUGAAGAAGAGACUGUUACCACGAAAAGUGUACACAUUGUCCAAUCAACAGAGACAACAGCAACACGCAAAAGAGGGGUCCCAUCCAAGAAAGUAGACUUGGGGGCCGCAGCCAAUUACACAGGCGAUGGGAGCAAAGCAACCAAAACCACCACACAGCCUCAGCCAGCAGCACCUCAGCCCUCGUCUACUGGUCUUGCUGACCUACUAAUGGUGGACCCAGCACCAAGCCUGCCCACUGCUACAGACCUGAUGGGUGGAUUUGCAGACUUUCCCUCACCUGCUGCCUCAGUAGGCAUCACUUCAGCAACACCAGCCUCUAACAGUAAUGGAGACUUUGGAGAGUGGAAUGCCUUCCCUGGUGGACAGAUGCCAGUAUCUGCUCAGACUGCUGACACCAGCACUAAUGACCUUUUUGGCACCAUGACAACAAGUCCUGCCGCUGUCCCUGCACCCGUCCCAGUCUUAGCUCCAGCCUCUGCAGAUCUCUUUGACCUGAUGGGUCCAACUCAGUCUCUCACUUCCUCCCAGAGCCUGAACUUCAGCAUGAGCAGCACACAGAGCAUGAGCAGCACAGGCCUGCCCCAAUCUAUGUCACAGCCGUUCCAGAACAUGGGUGGUCCACUUCAACCACAGCCUCUUCAGCUGAUGCAGCAGGGAGCAGCCUCUCAAGCUGCAGGAUCCAAAGGGUCCCUCCCUUCUACCUGGGCAGACCACUCUGUAAACAUAAGCCUGGAUUUCUUGGGUCCAGGCGUGCACCCUCCCAAGCCUAACCAGCCCAGUCUCAAUACCCUCCAACAAGGUAACCAGGGCAACCUGCUCUCCCAAGGAAUUUCCACCAUGAGCCUUGGACCUACUGCAGUCAGACCACCUGUAAAUCCCAUGAUGCACCCUGGUGCAGGGAUGGGCAUGGGGAUGGGAAUGACCCCCAACCAGGGCAUGAUGGGGAUGGGCAUGAACAUGGGAAUGCCUCAAGGAGGUAUGAUGAUGGGAAUGCCUGGUGCCAUGGGGAUGGGGAUGGGGAUGGGGAUGAAUCCUGGGAUGGUCCAGCAGCCCAAACAAGAUGCCUUUGCUGACUUCGGCAACUUUGGAAAGUGAUGGAGCUGGAGAGCAAACAUUAUCAGGAGGAGCAGUGUAGGGCUCUCUCUUUCUCUGUCUCUGUCUCUCUACGUCCAUCGGUGAAGGAUUGUUAUGAGCUGCAAACAAAGAGUACUUGAAUAAUGUAAACUAUCAUAAUACCAACACCCUGCAAUCUCAUUAUUUUUUAAAUGUUAAACUCCAUAGUGAUAAAGAGCUCAGUGUGUGUGACUGUGUGUGACUGUGUGUGUGUGUGUGUUAGUGUGUACAUGUGCACACUGUUUGAGCCAAUGAUCUGUCGCUCUGGGUGGCGGUUUAACAGUGUGCCUUGUUAGUUAGUUAUGAGUUGGUAAAAAGAGGAAAGUGUGUGUCGCCCUGAGUCAGGAAGGAUUUGCUUUAUAACCUCAAAUUAAAUCACCAGAACAGAACAUUUUUUCUUUACUGAAUGAGUUUGGAUGACGAUCUGCCAUUUUAACUUUCUAAUGUAGAACAUUUACAAGAGUUGUCAAGUUACCUCUUUUUCUUUUGUUUGGUCCUCGUUCUUCCUUUGACCUGUAAAUAGAAAUAUCGAAGCCCUUUAAAAAUAAGUUAUGAUGUUCCAAUAGAAGAGGCAGUGACAUCGUGAAGGGUUGUGUCCUACAGACCAAAUGUGAUAAGACUUAAGACCUAUAACGAAGCACAUUGACACCUUUUCUUUGUACAUACAUGUCCACACACUCCAGAUGUGGCCUGUCAGCAGUGCUUCAGUAAUGAAUGUGUGUGGAGGGAAAGCUAUUGAUCAGAUUUAGGAGAUGCUCCUUAAACAGACCAUCAUUUGUGGCCUUUAUUAUAAGUAUAUAUAUAUAUCUAUAUAUUUUACCUUUGCAUCAAAAUGAGAUAAUCAGUAGGUAGAGAGAGAGCCUCGUACAGGGGUUGUGGGUUCGUCGUUAUAGCACCGAGUGCCUGAAAGACCUUUGCCUUUUCUCUUCACUCACCUCUUUGAUGGAGACAAUGUAACUGUGCAGUGUUGAGGACAGCUACGGACACAACUUCUGUACUAUGUACAAAUAUGAGUUUGUACUCAUGCCUCAAGCCAAGUGUACUUCUGUACAUAAAUCAGAUGCAGUUAUGUAAUUAUGUCACUCGUCCAGUUCUCGUGUGUGUCCCAUGCACAUUUUUAUUGUUUCCUCUGUUCAGACAAGCGAUAACUUCAGUUCAAAAAAAAAAAUCAAAGCAUCCGCACCUCCAGUGUUGAUGCAGACUGUUAUGAUAGCGUCAUACAUUUAUCUGUUCUUUAAAAUGUUCAACAGUGCAUCAUGGUAAAUCCUGCCUUCUCACCUUCCGUCUUUGCUAAGGUUACACAUUAAACACGGCAAUCUUGAAAACAUUGCUGCUGUAAUGACUGUCAUUAGUCCAAGUCUACAUGUGGUACUGACAGUUGGGAGGAGUGAGUGAGAUUCCGUGUGCUGACAGGAAGUACAGUAUGUUGGAGUGGUUGGAUGAGGAUGUGUUGUAGGGUAAGGGAUAAUGAAGAAUCCCAUUCAGCUGUACAGCAGUGAAGCGAUCUGAGAUUCAAGUGCCUGCUGAUGGUUGCCUCCUGACCCCUGUAAUGAGUGAUUGAUAAUAAGUAACUGUGGGCUGCCUGACAUAUUUGGUGUGUCAAUGUGGAGAUAAAUAAUUCACUGUCCAGUGGAGGAGGCAGUGGAUUCUGUUGCCCCUCCCGGGAGGAUUGAAGUUGUGCUUCCCCUUCUCCUCUGUGGGCUCCAGACGCCGAGCACACUAACACACAGUAGCCUUGCAUUGGAGUCUGAAGCAUUAAAAUGACCAAAUAUGUCUGUUUGCUGUUUUAUUAAAAUAUCUCAGUCGAUUGUU